UUACAGGUUGUGUCAAAUGCUGCUGGACAGGGGGUUGCCAUCACUGGGAACAAUACUUUCAACAACUGGAAUUGGCCUAACGCUGUGAUCUUUGCUGCUACUGUGAUCACUACAAUCGGUUACGGAAAUGUUUCUCCAAAGACACCCUCUGGGCGUCUCUUCUGCAUAUUUUAUGGGCUCUUUGGAGUUCCUCUCUGCUUGACGUGGAUCAGUGCUCUGGGGAAGUUCUUUGGAGGACGUGCCAAGAGGCUGGGCCAGUUUCUGACGAAAAGAGGAGUAAGCCUGAGGAAAGCACAAAUUACAUGCACAGCUAUUUUCAUUGUUUGGGGUGUUUUGGUCCAUCUGGUUAUUCCUCCCUUUGUCUUUAUGGUGACUGAAGGAUGGGAUUACAUUGAAGGCCUCUAUUUCUCAUUCAUCACUAUCACCACCAUAGGAUUUGGAGAUUUUGUUGCUGGUGUAAAUCCAGAUGCAAACUAUCAUGCCCUUUACAGAUAUUUUGUGGAGUUAUGGAUCUAUCUGGGACUAGCUUGGCUUUCACUCUUUGUUAACUGGAAGGUCAGUAUGUUUGUGGAAGUCCACAAAGCAAUCAAGAAACGGAGGAAAAAAAGAAAAGAGUCAUUUGACAACCAUCCUCGGUCUAAAAAACCCCUUCAAAUGGGUACCUCAAAGGAUGUCAACAUCUUCAGCUUCCUUUCAAAGAAAGAAGAGACCUACAAUGAUCUUAUUAAGCAAAUUGGGAAGAAGGCCCUGAAGACAAACAAUGACAAAAUGAUUAAAGUAGAAAAUGCCAAACAAAAUAUGCAGAAUGCCAGUAUAGAUGCCCAGGUGACUUACACAAAGACAGAGUCAUUUGAGUAUGAUGAGGCUUCUCUGGACAUUCAAAAUGGUCAUGUACUGAGACCCCUGCAUGAUAAACGUAUUGGAGACAGCCCUCUAGAAGGAACCAUGUUUGUAAACCAGCUAGACAGGAUUAGUGAAGAAGAAGGCGAAGUGUGGGAUUCCAGAGACUAUCGACCCUUAAUAUUUGAGAAUGCCAAUAUAACAUUUGUAAAUGAAGAUGAUGAUGAAGAGGAAGAUAUCUCAGAUGAUGAGGAAACGUCAAAAUCCUCCAUGGAUGAUAAUCUCGCAGAGGAAUCUGAAACUGCAAAAAAACUGGUAAAAUUCCCAUCCUCUGAUGAAUCUACCUUUACCAAUAACGAGCUAGAACUUUCUGUGCCUUAUGAACAACUGAUGAAUGAAUAUAAUACAGUAAGCAAUGUGAAGGCUGCAACGUGAAGCAUGUUUGACAAUGGUUUUCUGAAAGUGGUCAGUGCAUAUUGAACAAAUUAACAGAGCAAGGAGAAAAGCAUGUUUUUGCAGCUUCUCCUGUCUCUUUGAGAACAAAAGCAAGUCCCAAACUAAUAAACUCCAGUG